CUCGCGCCCGAGUCUCCCGCGCCGCCGCCGCCGCCACCGCCCGCCGCCGCCGCCCGCAGCCAUGUCCGAGGCCAAGAACGGCCCCGAGUACGCCUCCUUUUUCGCGGUCAUGGGCGCCUCGGCCGCCAUGGUUUUCAGCGCCCUGGGGGCGGCCUAUGGCACCGCCAAGAGUGGCACGGGCAUCGCUGCCAUGUCGGUGAUGCGGCCGGAGCUGAUCAUGAAGUCCAUCAUCCCCGUGGUCAUGGCGGGCAUCAUCGCCAUCUACGGCCUGGUGGUGGCCGUGCUCAUCGCCAACUCCCUGAAUGACGGCAUCACCCUGUACAGGAGCUUCCUGCAGCUGGGCGCGGGCCUGAGCGUGGGCCUGAGCGGGCUGGCGGCCGGCUUCGCCAUCGGCAUCGUGGGCGACGCCGGGGUGCGGGGCACUGCCCAGCAGCCCCGACUCUUCGUGGGAAUGAUCCUGAUCCUCAUCUUCGCUGAGGUGCUGGGCCUCUACGGGCUCAUCGUCGCCCUCAUCCUCUCCACCAAGUAGCCCCUCCGCGCCCACAGCCGCACCAGUCGAGUCCACCCCCCUCAUUCCUGCCUCCCAGGCGCGGGGUCCCCCUGUAGCUGGUCUUGUAAAUGCGCAGUGUCCUAGUGCCCGUCGUCCGUGCGCCCCGCCCCGCCCGCGCCCUGGACACCGGCCCGUUCCCCGCCGGGCCGGGAGGCCGCGCCGCGCCCCCCACACCCCCCGCCCCGAGUGCUGUGUCGAGGGCCAGAGCGCCCGUUUCUCUCCACUGGAUGUUUAUUUAUAAAGAUUUGACCUGUUCAUACGGCUCUCAGCUAUGUAGUCAUCCUCCCGGCGUGCCGCCCCGCGGUGUUCGCGCGCUGAGACCCCCGGGGGGCCGCCGGGGCGCCGAGUGCUGGCCUGCGGCCGGCGCCCAAGUGGCCAAUAAAGUUCUCCGAUGUGA